UCAAACCAAAGCUUUAAAUAUAAACUUUCCCAACCCCCCUUUUAUAAAUGCUAACAAUAUUACAAAGAUGACAACUUUACUUUAGUAAGUCACAAGAUACACACAAACACACAACUUAUUUGUAGUCUAUAAAGAUAGGCCAUAAUCUUUGUUGCACCUUACCAUUACUACUUUCUACACUUUUCUUCUUAUCCUUAUUUUGCUUCCAAAGAAGAGAGAUUAAUAAUACAAAAGAUUAUGGAGGGUGCUCUUAGGAGGAAAAAAGGAGUGAUAAAACCAAUUAAGGUUAAUAAAGGUAUAAUUAAUUUGGAAGAUUAUGAAAAAGAAGAGCCAUUAAGUCCAUCUUCGGUCAUAUUUCAUAAACCAAACUUUAAUAUACAUAUUUUAGCAAUGAUGGGUUGCAAAACUACCAUUGAUGUUGAGCUUUGUAAGUCCAAAACUCCCAAUACUCUUCUCAAGCAUCCUCGUUUCUCUAGCAUUGUGGUAGGAGAUUUAAGUAAAGGAGAAGAGUUGAAAUGGGUGAGAACAGAAGUGGACUUAGACAAGCAUUUUAUAGUGCCAAAAAUAGACCUUGAAAACAUAGAAUCACCUGAAAAAUAUCUUGAAGACUAUGUUUAUAACCUUAGCAAAACAACCUUAGACAAGUCUAGGCCACUUUGGGAAAUCCAUAUCCUUCAUCUUAAGCUCUCAGAAGAUGUCAAGGGCAUUGGAAUAUUCCGAAUUCAUCAUUCACUUGGCGAUGGAACUUCCCUCAUAUCUUUGAUGUUAGCCUUAACGCGUAAGACCUCUGAUCCAACGGCCUUGCCUACCAUUCCUGCUCAAAAAACGUAUGUUGAUGAUAACAAACAUCCAAAGUUGUUCAUUUGGAGAUGGAUUUUGGCCUUGUGGUGGAUGUUAGUGUUGUCUUGGAACACCUUGAUUGAUGUGUUGAUGUUUGUAGCAACCUCGAUUUUUUUGAAGGACAAAUCUCCUCUUAAGAGUAGUUCUAGAGGAAGUGUAGUGAAUACCUCUAGGCGUUUUGUUUACAAGACGUUUAGCCUUGAUGAUAUGAAAUUCGUCAAGACUGCAAUUGGUGGAACUGUCAAUGAUGUUGCACUAGGAAUCACACAAGCUGGUUUAUCUCGUUAUCUUAACAGAAAAUAUGGAAUUAAUGGAAAUGAUCAUGUUCGUCUUAGAUCUGUUCUUCUUAUCAAUAUUCGACCAAGCGGAGGAAUACAAGCAUUAGCUGAUAUGAUGGAGAAAGAUACAGAGGCAAAAUGGGGUAAUUCAUUUGGCUACGUGCUUCUUCCGUUCACCAUUGGAUUGCGCGAUGAUCCUUUAGAUUACAUCCGAGAAGCCAAGGUGACAGUAGACAGAAAGAAGAAUUCACUAGAGGUCUUUUACACAUAUUUCAUUGCUGAAAUAGUAAAGAAGUUGUUUGGUGCAAAACUUGCAAGUGCCUUAUCUGAUAAAAUCAAUUCUCAUACAACAAUCGCCUUCUCGAAUUUAGUUGGACCUAUGGAGGAAAUUGGCUUUUAUGGUCAUCCUUUGGCUUUUCUUGCCCCAUCUUCAUAUGGACAACCACAUGAAGUGAUGAUUAACUUCCAAAGUUACAUCAACAAGAUGACAUUAGUUCUUGCUGUUGAUGAAAAUGCAAUACCUGAUCCUCAUCAAUUGUGUGAUGAUAUUGUUGACUCCCUCAAAUUAGUGAAGGAUGCUGUUAUAGCAAAAGGCCUAGUCAAAAACUCUGCACUACCAAAUGGCUGUGCAACUACAGAGCAAUGACCUUAAUACAACCAGGAUAGCUAAAUGCAGAAUUUAGUCAUAUACCAUCAGCCGCGAUCAGCCUAUGUACUUCCACAACCAUAUACGUGCGUACUACGAAUGUACCACCACAAUCAUCCUAUAUAUCUGUUAGGGAUGAACCUCCCUAAUUAAAUUUAAAUUUAAUUACUUGUUUAAUUUCUUUCUUUUGUUUAAGAAUAAUCAAUUUAUUUAUUUUGCUUCUAUAACCAGUUUCGUAGAUUGCUUUAUCUAUCCACUUGUAAAUUAUCCAACAUUAAUGAAAAAUUGUGAUAGUGGAUUUCAA